CGAUUAAGAUUGUACGAAUGACAAGUUUCAAAAAUUAUUCUUCAUCGAUGUUUUAAACUCCUGAAUAUUGCAAACUGGAUAUCAGACUUUAAUUAUCAUCGCGGUUCGAGAUGGCGCUGUUAUAUCAUUUCCGAUUUACAGAUCGUAACAUGACAAUGAAAGCUUCGUCGAUGUCAGGUUUUAGACUUUGCUCUCGUAUUUUAAAUAUGUAUUUAGUGAUGAAUUCAAAUUUCCGAUUUCGUUAGAAGAUAACAAAUACAAAACAUAUUUUGUAGUCAACAAAUUUAGUAUUCCGUCGACUGUGAUCAAUUGCUGAACAUUGUAUAAAGUGCUGCGUGUCAUACAACACGAUUGAUAACGAUUUUCUCGAUAAUGCUUGACUCAUUGUUUUUGACAUCGGAUCUGGAAUGAUAAGUUCGUAUUUAUUGAGCACAAAUGUUUUAUCUUCUACUAUUAACGCUAUGAAAUCUUGAAAAACGCAGAUCUUUACGCUCGCAUAAGUCAAAUUAUAAUAUGUUAAAUGUACCAAGUGUUAUUGUGACUAACGGAUACCAAAUAUAAUUUAGUGCCAGUAGUUUAAUAUAAAAUGAUUGGGUUUAUUAAUUUCGUUAUUUUAUCCUUAAUCUCUGUCGUGUUGUGCGAUGUUGCUUACUAUCAACCAGAAGCUGUACAUCUUUCCUAUGGAGAUAAUAUUCAUGAUAUCAUUGUGACUUGGAGCACCAGAAACGAUACGAAAGAAUCAAUAGUAAAAUAUGGAAUAGGAGGAUUAAUUCUGACGGCGGCAGGAAAUUCCACUCUCUUUAUUGAUGGUGGAAAUGAAAAACAAAGGCAGUAUAUCCAUAGAGUAUGGUUGAAAGAUUUAACGCCCAAUAGCAAAUACUUUUAUCAUUGUGGUAGUAAAUAUGGAUGGUCGAAUGUGUUCUAUGUAAAAACUGCUCCUGAACUAUGGGCGCAAUGGUCUCCACAAAUUGUUAUAUUUGGUGACAUGGGUAAUGAGAAUGCUCAGAGCUUAUCGAGAUUACAGGAAGAAUCGCAACGUGGAUUGUAUGAUGCUGCAAUUCAUGUAGGAGAUUUUGCGUAUGAUAUGAACACUGACAACGCGCGUGUUGGCGAUGAAUUCAUGAAACAAAUAGAAGGUGUUGCUGCAUAUUUACCUUAUAUGACGGUACCUGGUAAUCACGAAGAAAAAUAUAAUUUUAGUAAUUACAGAUCUCGUUUUACAAUGCCUGGAAAUAGCGAAGGUUUAUGGUACAGUUUUAACGUAGGACCUGUUCACUUUGUAGCCAUAGAAACAGAAGCUUACUAUUUUAUGAAUUAUGGUAUAAAGCAACUGGUGAAGCAAUAUCUGUGGCUAGAAAAGGAUUUAAUGAAAGCGAACGAGCCUAACAAUAGGCUGCAUCAACCAUGGAUAGUAGUAUUUGGUCACAGACCGAUGUACUGUAGCAAUGCGAAUGCAGAUGAUUGCACCAAUCAUGAGAGUCUUGUUAGAGUUGGAUUGCCGUUUCUAAACUGGUUCGGUCUCGAAGACCUCUUUUUCAAGUAUAAAGUAGAUUUAUUAUUAUGGGCUCAUGAACAUAGUUACGAACGUAUGUGGCCCAUGUACAAUUUUAAGGUACUAAAUGGUAGUUACGAGGAACCAUAUAAGAAUUACAAGGCACCUGUAAAUAUAGUAACUGGAUCAGCAGGAUGUAAGGAAGGAAGAGAGAAGUUUGUUCCGCAUAAACCGGAAUGGUCUGCGUACCGUAGUUCGGAUUAUGGAUACACAAGAAUGAAAGCGUACAAUUGGACUCAUCUUUAUCUUGAACAGGUAUCCGAUGACAAGGAUGGUGCUGUUUUAGAUCAAGUUUGGCUCGUGAAGGAUGAUAUUUUACCAGCGUACAAUUUAGAUUAUCUUACAAACAAAAUAUAGAGUACAAUUUAGGAAAUAUUAAUUGAAACUACAACGUAUGAGAUAGAUAUCUUCUAUCGUUUUCUUUUCGAUAAUGCACCGUAUUCUUUUAUGGUAAAUAACAAAAGGGACAUCUAUAAAUUUCAAGCACUUUACAUUUAGAAAUUCCCCUUAUUCCUUCUUGCAUAGAAACGAAUGAACUACACAAAUUUACUAAUUACAAAUGAGAUGGAAAUUAUUAAUAAUGCAUGCGUACAAUAUAAUCCUUUAAUUGUUAAAAUAUAAAUAUAUGUAUAUAUAAUUAUCGUAGCAUAUAAUAUUAAUAAUAUAAUAUUAGGGUAGCAUUUCAUAUUUCCAUCUGAUUCUCACAGUAAAUCAUAAUUUGUCAAUGAUACACGAUGAACAAUAUGAUCCACACUAAGGGAAAAGAAAAUUUCCUAAUUCAAUAGCGCUAGUAUAACAAAGAAACGCAUUCUUUUGAUGCUAAAAAUCGAUUUUAAAUUUACACGAUAAUUCACUUAAAGCUGUUAAUGUUUCUAUGCUUCUACUUUUAAAAUGGAUAAACCAUUUGUCCAUUGACUGGCUCCUUGCCAAGUAUAAUUUGCUAUUUUGGUUUCUGCUAUAACAGUUGACUAAUGAAUUUUAAAGAAAUAACCAGGAACUGCCCUUCUAUAAAUUAUCAACCGAGUUGAAAACGAAGCCAGGAAGUUUUAAAUACCACUUUUUUUUCUUUUUCCUUUUUUUUUGUUCUUUUUUCUUUUUUUUUUUGUUCUUUUUUCCUUUUUUUUUUUGUUAAACUUAGAACUGUAAUUAUAAUUAUCAAAUACCGGUUUUUUUCGCAAAAUAAAGAUGCCACUCUGUAUAAUGUAACACAGUUGAGGGGAUAAACUUAA